GUGGCUCUGAACCGACGUCGUAGGCUCUAAGGGGCGGAGACUCGGAGAGGACUUUUGUCUGGGAGCUUAGGGACGGGCUGACGCUGUCACCUACUUGGAGACUUCCGGCGCUAGUGGGCUCUGCUCCCUCCCUCCUCGGCCGAGGACACACCCAGUCGCGAGCCGCCGACGCUCUCUUCAGCAUCGAUUUCUGUCGCGUUGCUUUCGGGCAACUGCAGCCUUCAGUUCGCCCGCGCUAUUUUCUAGUCUUGUGGACGACCUCGGCUCCCUACUGCCCACUCCCCUGGAUGCUCUGGCCCCCGGCGCCCCUCUAAAAUGUCUAAUAACCUACAGAGGAUCUUCCUGAAACCUGCUGAAGAAAAGUCAGGCAGCGCCUCGCAUUGUGUUUCAGGCUGCAUGUACCAAGUAGUUCAGACGAUUGGCUCGGAUGGAAAAAAUCUCCUGCAAUUACUUCCAAUUCCUAAUUCCUCUGGAAAUCCUAUACCACUAGUUCAAUCUUCAGUCAUGUCUGAUGCUUUGAAAGGGAAUACAGGAAGUCCAGUUCAAGUUACUUUUAAGACUCAGAUUUCCAGUUCUUCCACAGCUGCAUCAGUUCAAUUGCCCAUUUUUCAGCCAGCCAAUUCUUCAAACUACUUUCUUACAAGAACAGUAGAGACAACAGAAAAAGUUAGAGUUACUUCUGUGGUAACUGAAAAUCUUUCCUCAUCAGUUUCUAAAGUUCAGAGUCAUGGUGUGAAAAUUGAUGGACUCACCAUGCAGACAUUUGCUGUUUCUCCCUCCUCAACACAAAAUGAUUCAUCUUAUUUUAUAGUAAAUACCCAGAGUCUUCCGAUGACCGUGAAGUCUCCAGUUUUACCUUCUGGGCAUCAUUUACAGAUUCCUGCCCAUGCUGAAGUGAAGUCUGUACCAGCGUCAUCAUUGCCUCCUUCAGUUCAGCAAAAGAUACUUGCAUCUGCAACCACAAGUACCUCAGGAACAGUUGAGGCCUCCCAAAUACCAACUGUUAUUUAUGUAUCUCCUGUAAAUACAGUGAAAAGUGUAGUUACCAAGAACUUUCAAAGCAUUUACCCAAAACCUGUUACAGAGAUAGCAAAGCCAAUAAUACUAAAUACCACACAGAUUCCAAAGAAUGUUCCUAAAGAGACACAAUUAAAAGGUGGCCAGCAUUCUCAAACUGCUCCAGUGAAAUGGAUUUUUCAAGAAAAUCUACAGCCUUCUCUUGUUCCUGUUAAAUCUUCAAAUAAUGUGGCUUCAAAGAUUUUAAAAACUUUUGUAGAUAGGAAAAGUUUGGGAGAUAGUACCAUAAGUAUGCCACCAUUGAGUACCAUUGGUUCUAGCAGGACACAGUCCAAAAGUAUGCCUAUUAAAGAUAAUGCUUUGGUUAUGUUUAAUGGGAAAGUUUAUCUAUUGGCUAAAAAGGGGACCGAUGUUUUGCCAGCACAAACUGAUCAGCAGAAUUCUGUUUCUCCUGAUAUUCCACCAAGAAAAGAUACAUCACAGAUAGUGAGCUCAAGUCCAGUUACAGAAAUAUCCAGAGAGGUUGUAAAUUUUGUGUUGGCUAAAAGUAAAUCUUCCCUGAUGGAGACAAAAUCACUUUCAAAUACCCAACUUGCUUCCAUGGCCAAUCUAAGGGCAGAGAAGAAUAAAAAAGUGGAAAAACCAUCUCUUUCUACCCCAGACCCACAUAAUAGCAAUCAAUCUAUUAACUACUUAAAACAAAGUAAGACUUUACUCACAAAGCCAGUCCUUCCAGAUGGAUUUAGUACAGGACAAAAUGCCCCCAGAAAAGGAAAUAUCAUCCAGAGCAUAGAGAAAAUAAGUUCCUCUAUUGAUGCAACAUCUGUUACUUCACAACAGUGUGUUUUCAGAGACCAAGAACCAAAGAUCCAGAAUGAAAUGGCAUCAACAUUUAAAAAAGUUCCUCAAGAAAGAAAUGACAAAAAAUCUGAAGGGAGAAUCAGUAAGGCAUCAUGUCUGAAGAGUGAUGCUGAGUUAAAAAAAAUAUUUGGUCUUACUAAAGAUGUGAGAGUGUGCCUUAAACGGAUUCCUGACAUUUUGGGUUCUGAAGAAAGUUCUGAUACUUUUAGAAAUUUGGUAAAGAGCGAUACUCACAAAGAGAAAGAGUUUACAAAAGUAAAGGAAGACGAGAGAAAACAGGGUUUUGAUAAGAAAAGAAAAGCUAAAGCCUUUAAGAGGACGACGGGUAACACCAAGAAGAGAAAGAGUCAGAGUACUCUUAACACACCAGUAAAUGGAGGAACUGAUGUCACUAAUUCCCAACUUAUCAGCAGUGUUUUACCAGCUUCAGAUGUACCACAGGAUAGCAUUCUCACAAGCAGCAACAAAACUUCCAGAGAUGAAGAGAAAACUGAAUUAGAACAAUGUACUAAUGAAAACAAAGAGACAGUUACAUUGAAUUCAAAUGCAGCCUUUGAAGAAAGUCAUUCCUUUAAUAUAAGUUAUACUGAAGAUAUUUUCCCCAUGACUCCUCCACAAUUAGAAGAAACUGUUAGAGAUGAGAAAAUACGAAGACUUAAGCAGGCAUUGAUGGAAAAAGAAGCAGCUCUUGAAGAAAUACGUAAGAAGAUGCACCAAAAAUAAUAAAAUUUAACUGCAUAUAAAGCUGUUGGUGAAAUAGUUGUGUUUUUCCCUUUUUUGGUAUUAAUUGUAGAUGUAGUCUGAAUGUGUGUUUGAAUAUGAAACUUGUGUUUUCAUCAGUUGACUAUAAAACUUUGUUUAAAGAAUACAGAGGUUGAUUCACAUAAGAUUUGUGAAUAAUCUGCCAGGGCUAUCAGAAUCUUUGUCUGGAUAUCCUUUUUUUGGAAAAAGGAAAAUUUUUCUAUUUUUCUAUUAUUUUACUAGACAUUCGCAAAGUUUCAAUAUUUGUGUAAAGUUUUUCCUAUUAUUUGUAUCAUUCGCUGAAUAGCUCAGGUGUUAUUCCAGAAACAGAUAAUUAUUAUGUACAGUCUAAAUUAACAAUCCACAAGAGGAAAUGAACUCUAAUUUAGCUCCGUUGUGAACUUGUACAUGUCUUUGUUUAGUGCUUUUAUCCAUAAAAUGAUACAUUCUUACCAA